GUCAAUUUCCUCUUCGGACCCCAUUUUUGGAACUCAACAAACUUGCCCAGCUCCCGGGAGAGAGGAAGGAGAUGUGCUUUUGAUUUUCCUAGAAAACGUUUUCCUGUUAACCAAACAUACAAAAGAAAAGGUACUUUAUCUCUUCCGAGAGAGAUCCUCCUCCAGCCUAACCCAUUUUGGAUCUGAUCUCGCAAGUCUUCGAUGAUGGCGCAUCGAAGCUCAAAGCUUCUCUUCUUAUUUUGCGCUCUCUGCUACGUUCUCACCGUCAUUGCCGGAAAGAGUUAUUAUGAUAUACUACAAGUGCCGAAGGGGGCAUCAGACGAUCAGAUCAAGAGAGCUUAUAGAAAGCUUGCGUUGAAGUACCAUCCUGAUAAGAAUCCGGGCAACGAAGAGGCUAACAAGCGAUUCGCUGAGAUUAACAAUGCAUACGAGGUUUUGAGUGAUAGCGAGAAGAGGGGUAUAUAUGAUAGGUAUGGAGAAGAGGGUCUAAAACAACAUGCUGCUAGUGGAGGAGGCAGAGGCGGAGGAAUGGGUAUGAACAUCAAUGACAUAUUUUCCAAUUUGUUUGGUGGAGGUGGCGGCGGUGAAGAGGAAGAGAAAAUCGUGAAAGGUGAUGAUGUAAUUGUCGAUUUGGAAGCAACACUGGAAGAUUUAUACAUGGGAGGAUCACUGAAGGUUUGGAGGGAGAAGAACGUCAUAAAGCCAGCACCUGGAAAGAGACGUUGUAACUGUAGAAAUGAAGUCUACCACAGGCAAAUUGGUCCAGGAAUGUUCCAACAGAUGACAGAAGAGGUCUGCGAGCAAUGUCAAAAUGUCAAAUUUGAACGAGAAGGAUAUUUCAUUACUGUUGAUAUUGAAAAGGGGAUGCAAGAUGGUCAAGAGGUGCUCUUCUAUGAAGAUGGUGAGCCUAUAAUAGAUGGAGAAGCUGGAGAUCUAAAGUUCCGCAUCCACACUGCAAAACAUGACCGCUUCAAUAGAAAGGGCAACGACUUACACGCAACCGUCACUAUAACACUGGUUCAAGCUCUUGUUGGUUUUGAAAAGACCAUUAAACACCUUGACGACCAUUUAGUGAAUAUUGGCACAAAGGGAAUUACAAAACCAAAGGAGGUGAGGAAGUUUAAAGGGGAAGGUAUGCCUCUACAUUUUAGCACAAAGAAAGGAGAUCUCUAUGUCACAUAUGAGGUUUUAUUUCCCACUUCUCUAACAGAGGACCAAAAGACAAAGAUUAAGGAAAUUUUCGGUUAGAUCGUUCGUAGUCUAACUUUUUUUUCUCCUUUCUUAUGGGUUAACAUUUCCCAUUGUAAUAUGAGGUUCACAUUAUAGAAUUUAAGGCCAGAGGCUUUUCCUCCCAUUUUUGUUGUUGAAGAAGAAAUAGUGGUAUUAAUAUAUGAAAAAAAAAGAUGAUUUUGAUGUGCUCUGUAAUACUUUCAAUACCUUUCUUCUGGCUUUCUUUUACUGCUUUAGGCAUAUGAUUCUUCUCUUGCUUGUUUCUACUUGAGAAUCAAGAAAGGAUCACGGUUAGAAUUGAUCAUAAUCAAUGAAAUAGAACUUGUUUGGAUCAGAA